GCCAAGUUGCCGCCCGCCCCCCCACACACAUCCCAACCCCCCUCGACGCUGUCAUCGCAUCCCAGGGAGCGGCUUGAAAAUGGAGUUCUCGAUCCGCGUGGCCACGCUGGAGGACUGCAGGGACAUGGCGCGGAUGAUCGCGGAGUUGGCUGAGUACGAGAAAGUUCCAGACCAAGUGAAAAUUACACAGAGAGACCUCGAGCAGGACGGCUUCUCCAAAAACCCCUUCUUCCAGGCCAUCAUCGCCGAAGUGCCCGAGCAGCACAGGAGCAAAGAAGGACACUGCAAAGUGGGAUACGCCCUGUACUUCUUUGCGUACAGCUCAUGGAAGGGCCGCUCUGUCUAUAUGGAGGACCUCUAUGUGAUGUCGGAGUAUCGAGGGAAGGGCAUCGGGAAGGCGCUCAUGAGUAAAAUUGCACAGCUGGGCUUAGCGGCCGGCUGCAAACAGCUCAACUUUGCCGUGCCGAACUGGAACAAGCCGUCCGUGGACUUCUCCCUGAGGCAGGGCUGCUGGAACGUGACCUCUGACCUGGGCUACCACUGCAUGCGCUGCGAGGGACCCGCGCUCGAGAGCCUGGCACGGGGGGAGGCCAAACACUGAGGCAGGACAUUACGUCGGGCGAACAGGGUAUUUCGCACAGGGUACAGCGUUUGGCACACGACCACUUGUGUCCCACUCGCUUCCGUCCCUCUUCCGUCAGCCUGCCGCCGACGCCGUAAAGCACACUUAUCUCCACAAAAGCAGAGCCGAAGAGGGACUAGUUCUCCACAACAGCCUCGCUUCGCCUCAUAAAAAUGACACACACUUGGAGGCGAGGUGCGCGCGCACACACACACACAAACACACACACACACACACACACACACACACACCACAUACGUGCAGUCAGUGUGAGAAAUAAGUAAUGCUCUCAAGGAAGUAAAGAGAAAGUGGUGAAACUUCCCGUGACGUUUCUAUCUCAGUUUAUGUCCAUCUGU